UUAUCACCCAAGGAACCCUGAAAUCUCCGGCUCUCAAUUAACCCAGAAAAGAGUACCAGGCAACUUUGUUUAGCCUCCUCUCAUUCUACUCCUACUGGUUUCUCUACAUUGACUUGGAGAGUGAGAACACAAUGGCGAGCAACGAGGUUCGAUUCUUCCAACUCAACACCGGAGCACAAAUCCCUUCCCUUGGUCUGGGAACUUGGCAGUCUUCUCCUGAUCUCGUUGGCGACGCCGUUACUGCUGCCAUCAAGGCUGGUUACCGACAUAUUGAUUGCGCUCAGAAUUAUGGCAACGAAAAGGAGAUUGGCUCAGCAUUGAAGAAGUUGUUUGAGGAGGGGGUAGUGAAGCGCGAAGAUUUAUGGAUUACCUCUAAAUUGCGAAAUUAUGAUCAUGCACCAGAAGAUGUACCAGAAGCAUUGGACAGAACUUUGAGAGACUUGCAGAUUGAUUAUGUGGAUUUAUACCUUAUCCACUGGCCAGUUGUAAUGAAGAAGGGGUCUGUGGGCUUUCAGCCUGAAAAUUUUUUGCCACCCAACAUUCCUAGCACAUGGAAGGCAAUGGAAGAACUCUAUGACUCUGGCAAGGCUCGAGCCAUAGGUGUGAGCAAUUUCUCAUCCAAAAAGCUGGCGGACUUGCUUGAGGUAGCACGUGUACCUCCUGCUGUCAAUCAGGUAGAGUGUCAUCCUUCAUGGCAGCAGGACAAGUUGCGGGCUUUCUGCAAGUCCAAAGGUGUCCACCUCUCUGGAUAUUCACCAUUAGGUUCUCCUGGGACAACCUGGCUUCAAAGUGACGUUUUGACGCAUCCAGUUCUGAAUAUAGUUGCUGAUAAAUUAGAAAAAACUCCUGCACAAGUAGCUCUUCGCUGGGGACUGCAAAUGGGUCAUAGUGUGCUUCCCAAGAGCACAAAUGAGGCUAGGAUAAAAGAGAACUUUGACAUUUUCGACUGGUCUAUACCUGAGGAUUUAUUUUCAAAAUUUUCUGAAAUUCAACAGGCAAGAUUAGUCAGGGGUGCCUCUUUUGUCCAUGAAACUUAUGGAGCCUACAGAUCUGUUGAGGAACUCUGGGAUGGUGAAAUCUGAGCAGUCAGCUGAGUGGCCAAUCAGAGAAGUAGAAGGAAUAGGUGAAGCCCAAUCUGUCUUUCAGAUGUAAGGGUGCUGGGAAAGUGGGAUUUGUGUACUAUGUACAAUUAGUCAGCAAAACGUGUCCUGUAACUGCUAUUUG